CACACACACACACACACACACACACACACACACACACACCGGCUUGCAUCGCCUUUGACCAGACACGCUAGGCCCAUAUUAGUGAAUUCUGGAAAACGUGUCUCGGAUCUCCAUCAUUUACAGAAGCCGACGUUAGAGACAAUGAGAUUAUCCGAGAAUUCUCGGAAUCCGAUUCCGGCCAUGGGAGGUGCGUGCGGCACUUCCGGCCUCCGGACGCUAGGGAGCGCUCUGAUCUCUCCGCCACCUCUUGGGCACCGGAACCCACGGCGCAACCGCAGUCUGUCCUUUUCGCCGGUUCCCGCACGUGUAAACCUGGUCUUCAAGUUUUUCUAGAAAAAUGCCCAAGUUCAGGGCGUCCCGUGGGGCUGGUGGUCAGGAGAAGCAUGCGCCUCUGGCCGAGCAGAUUCUGGCCGGGGAUGCGGUGCGGGCAGGGACCCGGGUGAAGAGUCGGGGACGUGGAACCGAAGAGGAAGAAUAUGUGGGACCGCGCUUGAGCCGACGCAUUUUGCAGCAAGCCCGGCAGCAGCAGGAGGAGCUCGAGACCGAGCACGGGGCCGGGUACCGGCCGGCCAAACCGCGGGAGCGUGCCACGCGGCUGGGGCCGGGAGUACCACAGGAUGGCUCUGAUGAGGAGGAUGACGAGUGGCCCACCCUGGAGAAAGCAGCCAAAAUGACUGGGGUGGACCACCAAGCAGAGGUGGUUGUGGACCCUGAGGAUGAACGUGCCAUUGAAAUGUUCAUGAACAAGAACCCUCCUAUCAGGCGUACCCUGGCUGAUAUCAUCAUGGAGAAGCUGACUGAAAAGCAGACAGAGGUAGAGACUGUCAUGUCAGAGGUGUCAGGCUUUCCUAUGCCACAGCUGGAUCCUCGGGUCCUGGAGGUCUACAGAGGGGUCCGGGAGGUGUUGUCCAAGUACCGCAGCGGGAAACUGCCCAAGGCUUUUAAGAUCAUCCCUGCACUCUCCAACUGGGAGCAAAUCCUCUAUGUCACAGAGCCUGAGGCCUGGACUGCAGCUGCCAUGUACCAAGCCACCAGGAUUUUUGCUUCUAACCUGAAGGAACACAUGGCUCAACGCUUCUACAACCUUGUCCUGCUCCCCCGGGUACGAGAUGACAUUGCUGAAUACAAACGACUCAACUUUCACCUCUACAUGGCACUCAAGAAGGCCCUGUUCAAGCCUGGAGCCUGGUUCAAAGGAAUCCUGAUCCCACUGUGUGAAUCUGGCACUUGUACCCUCCGAGAAGCCAUCAUCGUGGGUAGCAUCAUCACUAAGUGCUCCAUCCCUGUGUUGCACUCCAGUGCGGCCAUGCUGAAGAUUGCCGAGAUGGAAUACAGUGGUGCCAACAGCAUCUUCCUGCGCCUGCUGCUGGAUAAGAAGUACGCACUGCCCUACCGGGUGCUAGAUGCUCUGGUCUUUCACUUCCUGGGCUUCCGGACAGAGAAGCGCCAGCUGCCUGUGCUCUGGCACCAGUGCCUCCUGACACUGGUGCAACGCUACAAAGCCGACUUAGCCACAGAUCAGAAGGAGGCCCUGCUUGAACUGCUCCGGCUGCAGCCCCAUCCACAGCUGUCCCCCGAAAUCAGGCGUGAGCUUCACAGCGCUGUCCCCAGAGAUGUGGAAGAUGUUCCCAUCACCAUGGAAUGAGAACAGUCACCUGUCUUGAUCCAAAAGGCAUGGGAGGCUCCCAAGACCCAAGCCUCUCGGUGACAAAGAUGGCUAAAGACCUAGACCAGGACACUGAGGGGCCACUGGGGCAUCUGGGGCUUCAGUCCUAGGCAGGGAAGACUGUGUCUGCCUGGCUCUGUCUUCCGUUCUAGACCUUGAUCCCUGAUCACUUGUGGAAGCUAACUGGAGUUUCCCCACUCCAGCACUCCCACACCCAGCUGGCACUUGAUAUAAGGGCGCUCUCCAUCUAUUGUGUCAGGUAUGGAUAAAACAAAGGCAGGUAUUUAUUAAACCUGUUUUGGUGUAGUCUUUGGAGGCCUUUCUACUUCCCCCUGUAGCCUGAGGUACGAGUGAAUCUUCCUGCCUCCAUUUCAGGAGUGAGUUCUUAGUUUACGCAAAGCCACACCCCUUAAUCUACAAGGUCGACUCUAGGCUCUACUUCCCUUGUUCCCCUUGAGCCGUAGGGAUGUGCUCUGCUUACCCUUGACGUGAUAUGGACUACUUUAGAGGAAUGCCAGCUUCUGUUGCCAUGGAAAGGUGGUGGUUGGUGUAUAAUUGUAGACUAUAUAACAAAAGAAAGCCCUUUGUCAAGGACAGGGACAGCAGCAGUAAGGUCAGAAAAAUGGUUGGAUCCAGGAGUAAGUUCCAGCUCCGCACCAGACAGGUUCUUGUCCUAGUUGACAACCAACAAGAACUUUUGGCCAGUGGUUGGCCAACUAGGGCUAAAUGCCUGUUUGUGUAGCUGAUGGACAAAGAAUGGUCUUCAUAAUGUUUAAUGACUUGGGGAAAAGUUAAAACAACAGCAUUUUAUGACAUGAGAAGUAUAUGAAAUUUAUUUUUUAAGAGGGGAAAGUGUUGAACAUUUUAAGAGCUUUACAAGGGACAAACUAAAAGAUGUGGUG